AUGUUAAUUGAUAGUUGUGAAUACAAGCACUGCAAAUCAUUUUUUCAAAUCAACUUUUCGACCAUGAAAUGGUUGAAAUCCACCACUCUUCCUGUGCCAAUAAGUAGUUACUCUAUUUCUGAUGAUGUGAGAUUUGUGAAUUAGAAAGGAGACAUCAAGUAAAAGACAUUGAUCAACGUUGAAAACUAUUUGUUCUACAAAACCAAGAAGGACAAAUUAAAGUGGAUUGACUUUGAAAAUGCCAUCUUAGAACAAUUCCAUCAUCAAAGACAUGGACAUGCCAUUAGAUUAAUUAAGUGUUUCGAUGUUGUCGAAAUAUUUUGUGAUGCUUAAUCCUGGUUCAAAUAUAUAAAACGAUAUACUAUUUAGUCAGAUUUCAACUCCAAUUACAUUUUGAGGAAAAGAAUAGGCAGAGGCCAAUUCUCAGAAGUGUUUAAGGCCAAAAAUAAAUCGGAUGGAAACGAAUAUGCAAUUAAGAUAUAUUAGAAAUAAAACCUAUUUGAUGAAGUUGAUAGAGCUGCAAUAUAAAAAUAAAUUUCAGUACUUAGAAGAUUGUAAUCCGAUUUUACAAUCAAAUUUUAUGAAGUUUUCGAGAAUACUGAUUAAGUCUUUGUAGUUGAGGAACUAUUGAUGGGAGGGAACUUAAUGGAUUAUAUUAUAAGGGAGAAUUUCUUUUCAGAAGAUCAAGCUGCCAAACUUAUCUUCCGAAUAGUCAAGGCAGUUAAUUACAUUCAUUCAAAAAAUAUCAUACAUCGUGAUAUUAAACCAGAAAAUUUAGUGUUCAGAUUUCAAGACAAUGUUGAAACUCUAUGUAUAAAGAAGUUCCAAUUGGCUGAUUUCUAUAGUCCAGAUGUCAAUUAUCAUUAUAUAUGUUGUGGCACACCUGGAUUCAUUGCUCCUGAAAUUUUAUUAAAUCAAAAUUACGAUUAAAAAGUUGAUGUAUUUAGUAUUGGCGUUACUCUGUAUAUAUUGAUGACUGGUUAAAUGCCAUUCGAAGGUAAUUUUGAAAAGAGACUUGAAUAAAAUGUUGAAGGUUUAGUUGAAUUUAGUAUGAUCAAUCUCAGCAUUCUUGGGAUGAAUUUUAUUAAAACAACUCUUCAACCUAAUCCUGAAGAAAGAUUAAGUUCACAUCAAUGUUUGAAUCAUCAAUGGUUUGUUCAAGAAUAAUUAGCCAAAAUUAAUCAGAUGUAAUUAAAAAAACCUAUUCAAUUACAAAGCCAAUUCAUUGUUAGGAGAAUGAAAUAGGCCAAGACAUUGACUUUUAGUCCUUCUUCUCCUAGAAGUCAAAUUUCUAUACAAAGUCCAAGAAAUCAUAAUCUCCAAUAAGAAUAAUAAAAAUAAUCUCCAAUUUUGGUGGGAAGUAAAACUGAAAAAUUGAUUGGACCUCAUUCCAGUUCUAAAAGCAUUCAUUUUGAAUAAAUCCAAACAUAACCUACAGAUGAUGACGAUCAAAAUUAAGACUUCAGUAAUUUGAAAUCAGCAAGAAAGAAAACUUAAUCAUUUGUUAUUAAAUCUACUUCAACACUGAAGAAUUUUAAUGUAUUGAAAUCAAAAUUUAAAUGA